CUGGAGUGCGUGUCGGCGGGAGGCAAGCCAGCGGCCGAGAUUACUUGGAUUGACGGUCUGGGCAAUGUGCUCAGCAAAGGCAUCGAAUAUGUGAAAGAGCCGUUAUCAGACUCGAGACGCAUAACAGCCAAGUCGAUACUGAAGCUGGCACCGAAGAAAGAGCAUCAUAAUACGACUUUUACAUGCCAAGCGCAGAAUACAGCGGAUCGCACAUAUCGCUCUGCCAAAAUACUAAUCGAGGUCAAAUAUGCACCCAAGGUAGUGGUAGCCGUCAUUGGCGGCGCCUUGGCUGGUGGUCGCAUUCUCGAGGGGUCCGAAGUUAUACUAUCCUGCCAGGCGGAUGCGAAUCCACCGCCGCAGAGUUAUCGUUGGUUCAUAAACGAUGAAUUGGUGACCGGCGAUUAUACAACGAAAAUGAUCAUACACAAUGCCACGCGCCAGUAUCAUGAAGCUUCGGUUAAGUGCGAAGUUGUCAAUGCGGUGGGCAAAAGCGAAGAGACUGAAACCUUGGACAUCAGCUAUGGUCCUAUCUUCCGACACCGUCCCAUCUCUGUUGAGGCAGAUCUCGACACCAAUGCCAAUUUGCGUUGCGACGUGGAUGGUAAUCCGACGCCAGAAAUCGAGUGGAUCAACGAGAAUACCGAUCAGGUCGUUGGCACUUCGGCGAAUCUUACACUUAAAGUGACUGCUGAGUCUGCUGGCCGUUACUACUGCAAGGCAAUAGUUUCCGGAUUUCCAGAAAUAGGCGCCGAGGCAACGAUUUUCGUUAAGCGUGCACCGAUUAUCACCUCGCAUAAGGUGCAAUUCGGUGCUGUGGGGAGUCGAGCGAAAAUCGAUUGUGUGGCUUUCAGUGUGCCCAAAGCAGAGCAGAUUAUUUGGUCAUUCGAUGGCAAGGUGAUAAAUAUGAGCACUGCCGAUCCAGAUAUAUACAUUUUCGAGGAACAACAUCUGCCAGAGGGUGUGCGCGCAGCGCUAAUAAUCAAAGAGAGUCGCUCCAGUCAUUAUGGUCGCUACAAUUGUACGGUGAUGAACUCGUAUGGUAGUGACUCAUUGUUGAUCAAUUUAAGACCAGAACCUGGUUCAGUGCCCGUGCUGCUUGUCGUUAUGGGCUCACUCUCCUCGGUCGCCAUUGUAAUAAUGAUUGUGAUGCUGGUGAUUGUUUACAUGAAACGCAGUAAUAAGAAACCCAUGCCGGCGGAUGUCAUACCGGAGGCAUCGCGUGGUGGUGAUAAACUUUCCGAUCUGAAGAACGAAUUACGCAGCAAAGCUUAUGAUGUUGAUUACUCAGAGGCGGGCUCUGAUGGUUUGGCGAUCAAUCUGACGCAAACAUCCAUGCCUGAUGUACAAAUGAAGGGCGCCACGCUGGGUGUGCCACUGGCGGGGCCAGUGAAGUUGGACGACAGGUUCUCCGGCGAAUUCAGUUACAGCCGCCAAUGCCACAUCAAAAAUUUGAAGAACAAAGAGACUGUCAACGGUUAUGCGCCCUAUUUUGAGUACGCGCUCGACUAUAGUGCUCCCACGGAGAGUGGCAAGCCCGGCGGCACGGCUAACAGCAAUGCCAAUAAGCCCCAGUCCAGCACAAUCAACUCGGCCACUUUGCCGCACUACACAAAUCCCGUCACAACAACUGGCAACCUCAGCUUGCCACGCAACCGCAACGAUAUGCAGCAGCAGCCGCAGCAGAGCACCGCACAAAUGGGCAAUGGAUUCCUAGGCGGUCAAUCGCUUCUCCAAAACGGCAUUGACAGCCGCUUCAGCGCCAUCUACGGUAAUCCCUACCUGCGCUCAAACUCAUCACUGCUGCCGCCUUUGCCACCACCAAGCACGGCCAAUCCCGCCGCCACACCUGCGCCACCACCCUACCAACGUCAUCACCACCAUCCCAGCGGCCAGCAGCAUACGAACAUGAACGGCGGUAUUGGCGUGAAUGCGUUGAAGAGCUACAGCGCCGCUGCGGUUGGCAUUGGUAUUGGAGUCAAUAGCAGUAAUGGUGCUGGCAGUGUAAGCGGUAGCAGUUCGAAUUUGACAGCCAGCAGCAAUACGUUGGCGGCAAUGACACCGCUCACACAAGCUGCACCCGUUUCCAGCGCCACACCGAUAACCACAACGACGCCAGUGGGAGUGUCGGUGGCGAUGGCGCAAAGUCCCUCCGGCCAAUUUAUCCUACCAUCGAAUGGCAAGUCGAAGAAUGGCGCCUUGGCUACGCAUGUCUAAGAGAAAGCGUAGGCGCUUGCGCCAUCCACGGCACCUUUCAAGCACGUACACAACAGCACCCUGUAUACAAUUUUGAAGCACAUUGUACUUUAGUCGCGCACGCUACC